AGUAUAUUAAAAAGAGACAGACAUAAAGUGAUGUUAAAUAGUUAGUUAACGAACUUUGUACAUCUUCGAAAACGCCAUUUUGCUCGGUCUCCGGAACAAGUUUGUAGUUUUUUUUUUCUCAAAGUCCAUCAUCUCUUUUCACCAUCAUCACCAUGUCACGGCGCAUGCAGCCCAACCCCAGCGAAGUCAAACAAUGAACAGAGGCUGCUGACAUUGCUGUCUUCUCCCCACGCCUGUCACCCUGCGACUCCAUGACCCAGUGACGUGUUUAUCCCCAAUCUCAAAAUGGACAUGGAGAACAGCUUGUCUGAGAAUCAUGUUGAGGAUGCUGGUAGUGCUGAAACAAAUGAGCAUUCUGGCCAGUCUGGAGGGACAGAAAAGGACCUUUCUCCUACACAGACACAAAAGGAUAUGAAAGGAAAACCGGAGAGUGAUACAGACCUUAAUGGAAUGGUUAAAAACGAGAGUGGAAAUGCAAAAACUGGAGAGAAAGAACAAGAAGUGGUGAGUGAAAAACAAGCGGAAGAAGGAGAGGACCUGACCUCUGUCAACUCGAUGAUGACUACUGUAAUGAGUGCUGGCCAGAUAAAUGGAGGCAUAGACGCAUCCUCCUCAAAGACUCCAUCUAAAACUCCCAGCAAAUCACCAUCUGUUAAUCGCACUGGGAGGCGAAACCAGGAGGUUAAAGAAGAACGUUCAACCUUCAUAUGCCCACUCUGUGAAAAGAACUGUAUGACUCAGCAUCAGCUCACUAUGCACAUCAGACAGCAUAACACAGAGAAUGGAAGCACUGACCAUUCCUGUAGUAUUUGUGGGAAGGCCCUUAGCUCUGCCAGCUCUCUGGAUCGCCACAUGCUGGUACACAGUGGAGAGAGGCCCUACAAGUGCACAGUGUGUGGCCAGACCUUCACUACCAAUGGCAACAUGCACAGGCACAUGAAAAUCCAUGACAAGGAUCCAAACACUAUCCCAGCCUCCAGUCCUCCAUCUCCGAGCAAACGUCGCCGACCCUCCGCAAAGAGGAAGCCCAGUCUGGAGGAUGAGGGCGAACGAAUCAGUCAGCUUCCCAAUAAAAAGGUUAUGAUGGAGGAUUUGGCAGGAGGGAGGGGGGCCGCCAAACGUGAAGAGGAGCUGCUACAUUGUCCAAUAUGUUUCAAGACCUUCAUAUGUAAAUAUGGUUUGGAAACACACAUGGAGACACACCCUGACACUGCACUCAGGUGUAAUCUGUGUUGCAUCACCUUCCGAACUCACCGGGGCCUUCUUCGGCACAACUCCGUUAUUCAUAAGCAGCUGCCCACUGAUCCAAAUGGACGACCUUUUAUCCAGAGCAACCCAUCCAUCCCUCUGGGGUUCAGUGAUGUGGCCUUCAUUGACUUUUCUUGCCACAAGUUCCCUAAAAUUGCUCAGGUGUGGUGUGAAACAAAUUUGCGCCGAUGCUCAAGCAAGUUCCAUCGGUUUGUUUGUGAGGUCUGCAACAAGGCCUUUCCUCUACAGGCAUCUCUAGAUCUGCACGUAGCAACACACAAAGGCAUUACAGAUACAUGUACUGAUUUACAGAAGCAAGAUAAAGGUGCUUUCACCGAUACACCAAAACUGAUCCCUGACUCCAAGGAGAAAGUAGAGGAAACAGAAUCUUGUGAAGAUGCACAUACAGCCAAUGGGAAGAUGGGCUUCAUGCAGUCCCUUGGUCUCCAGCAUUGUUCCCAGGUCAAGCCUGUUCAGUCUGAUGAGGAAAUCCAGCAAGCAAUUUUCGACAGCAUCCAUGUUAUUCGUGUUGAGCCCCCUUCAACAAAUCUACCUCAAGAGUCAAAUGGAAGUCUAGGCCUCUCCCUCCUGGACCCUGUUUCCCUUCAGGGAAAGAGUGGUGGCCUGAGCCUAUUGUCUCUGCAGCCCCUCCAGGGUGGAUUUGUUAACAGUGGGUUGGUUGUCCGGCCCAGGAGUGGUCAAACUGGAGUAGAGUUGGCUGAUAUUCAGCAAAUUUUGAAGUUAGCAGCCUCUGUGCCCACCCAGGUGACCCUUCCCCUGCUCUCUAAAACUCCAGGAAAUCCCUUUCAGACCGAGGCUAAGCAGAUUCCUCCAUUAAAACCUAAGCCACUGGUGACUCCUCGAUCCCACAUGGGUACGUCCACACCACCUCCAUCUCUCAUGAGUGCACACCAGGGCUCAUCAGGGUGCAUCAGUCCCAGUUUGCCUCCCCCUGCAGGCCAGCUUCUCAGGACCCCUAGGCAGUCCUCAGUUUCCUCAACCUCUUCACUGUCCUCUUCCCCUUCUAAUCAAAGCUGGGAAAACCUCCAGCUGGGGACAGAUGGCACCGUUACCUCAAUCAUGCCCUUUGACCCAUCAAAUGGCAAAAUCAAGCUGGAAGAGACUGAGGCAAAAGAAAAGGGAUCAAAAGUGGGAUGCAACAAAAAAACUCCCGCUAAAACAGAGUACCCAUGCCGGUUUUGUACUGAAGUCUUCUCCUUCCCCAGUGGCCUACAGGCUCAUAUGCAGCGCCACCUCGGGGCCUCACCUUACCAGUGCAGUAUUUGCAGUUAUGCUGCCCCUGACAAAGCUACUCUGAUUCGUCACCUCCGAACACAUAGCGGUGAACGCCCAUAUGUCUGCCGCCUCUGUCACUACCCCUUCACUGUGAAGGCCAACUGUGAACGGCACUUGCGCAAGAAACACAUGAAAAACACCCGCAAAGAGAUUGAGAAAAACAUUGAGUAUGUGACUGCCAACUCAACCAUUAGUGGUACAGUUGGUGUUACUAAACUGGAUCUGCUAGACCCGGCUAGCACUAGUAACACCACAUGUCGCUAUUGUGGGGAAGAUGUAGGGAGUUACCGAGCUCUCCAGAUUCAUCUGCGAACACACAAUGGCUGUCAGCGCAAACCAUUUGAGUGCCGACAGUGUGGAGCAGCCUUUCUUGCUAAGAGGAACUGCAUCCACCACUUGUUAAAGCAACAUCCAGAAGUUCCUGAGAGAGAAAUCGAAGAACACAUUAACACCCUUGUGCCUGUUACUUCUGCUCAUAACAACCCUUCCUCAAAUGGCCUGCUCCUCAGUGCUAAUGUACAGCUAGUUAAGCAGGACUUGGGUUCCUAUACUGGAGAAGCUGACCAAGACCAGCCACUUGACUUCUCCAGCAAGACCCAGAAUACAACAGACUUGGGCGUCAAAACUGAGAUUGAUCCUUCCUCUACAUGCUUGACUAAUGAAAGCCUCAUGGAGCCCAUUGACCUUUCAAUGCCUAAGGACCCAGAGAAGAAGAAAAUGAAGAAAGAAACUACAGACACCACAUAUGUACAUUGUCCACCUGUAGAGAUCAAGAAAGAGUUGCCCUUGACAAGCAUAGACAAGCACUCAGAUACUUCCCCUGGCUUGCAGACCUCCAUUCAGCUGUCUCUGUCCAAUUUGGCCUCAUCUACCAGCAGUGAUUCAGCCAAACCCUCCACACGACUGAAACCUCUGCUGCCAAAACCAGCUUCUGUCUCAAAUCCCUCAGAGCUGCCACCUUUGGCGUCCAUUGCCCAUAUCAUCUCCUCAGUGUCUGCCACCCCUGUGUUGCUCAAAACAGAGAUUAAUAUUAGCUCUUCUUUUGGUGUUGAUAAAAGUGAGGGGGACGUAGAUGUUGAGAAACAGCAUGAUAAGUGUCCUAAUAGCAGUGUCAGCCCCAGCUCUGCUACAGAUGUUUCUCUCAUUGAAAAUUCAAAAAGGAGAGCCAAGAAGAGAUCAGCCCAUGAGGAGAUGUGUGAUCCAGGGUUGGCCACAGACAACUGUAUCGAUCUAGAGUCCAGUGGAGAGUUUCCAAGUGUCGAGAAAAUGCUGGCGACCACUGACACAAACAAAUUCAGCCCAUACCUGAGAACAAGCCAGGUGGAGCCAGCGAAGGUGGACACAGAGAAAGAAAAGCCAUCUACUAGUGAGGAGGAAAAGGAAGGGAAGGAAGACAAACAGAAGAUACGGCCACAGAACAAAGGGAAGAAAAAUGCCUAUUCAAAUUCGGUGCAGAAGAUGACAUGUCCAUAUUGCCCACGCGUGUUUCCUUGGGCUAGCUCAUUGCAGAGACACAUGCUAACACACACAGGUUUGAAGCCAUAUCCCUGUCCUCAGUGUGAUGCCUUCUUCUCCACCAAGUCCAAUUGUGAACGUCACCUUCUUCGUAAACAUGGGGUUGCCAGUCGUACACUGCAACACAAUGGGUCACGGAAUAAACCAAAGGUUGAUGAGGGGUCACAAGGAAGUGGAGAGAGCAUGUCAGACACUGAACCAGUGGCAGCUGGAGAUUCUCCGGACCUAAUCUCCAACAGUCCGCAAAAGGAAGAAAACUCAAAGGCCUGUGAUCACAGUCCAAUGAACCAGUCGGGACCAACAGCCAAAGAGCAAACUAAGAAGAAUCAAGGCCCAGAGAUCUCACAACUAACAGCAAACAACAACAUGGGAACAGACAAUAAUGACAAUGAUGACUCGCAAAGCAAUAAAAGUCUUGACCUCAAUCUGGGCCACAACUUAGUUGACUUUAAGCUCUUGGCAACUGAGCAGCAGUCACCAGAGGCCACAAACAACACAGUGGAGGCAGAAUGUCAACCAUCAGACUUUCCACACACAUGUGCAAUCUGCAAAAAGAGCUUCCGCCAUGCAGCCACUCUUAGUCGCCAUCAGUCCAUUCAUACGCAGGAGAGUCAGCCAGAGGAUGGAGGCAAGAAGACUAAGCGUCAAACCUCUAGCCUGGCUACAAAAAAAGAGACAGAGCCGGAGGAGAGGACAGAAACUCUGGAGAAAGAAGGGAACAGCAGUGGCAUAGACAGUGGUACUGAGGAGGAGGAAAAGGAAAAAGACAGGAGUGAUAUGGAAGAGGAGUGUGGCUCUGAGCUGAAGGCUUCGGAGGAUGAAAAUGGGUCAGCCGAUGGUAAAUCUGACAAGAGGAAAAAGGUCUGCAGUGUGUGCAGCAAACGUUUCUGGAGCCUGCAGGACCUGACUAGACACAUGCGCUCACACACAGGUGAGAGACCGUAUAAAUGCCAAACAUGCGAGCGUACUUUCACUCUGAAACACAGUUUGGUAAGGCAUCAGCGUAUCCACCAGAAAGCUCCCGAUGGCAAAGGGGUAGAGGGUGGAGAUGAUGUUGAAGAAGGAGAUGGAACUAGAGAUGAUGCUGGGCCUGAAGUGGAGGAGGGGGGCAAGUGUCAAUCAAGCAGUGAGAGUGAAUCAGCAGAGCUGACCAUUCCAAACAGCUCCAACCCUCUCACGGAGAAAGAGAAGGAGAGCGAGGAGACUGCCCAGCCAGCAGAGAACAGCAAGGAACAAGACAAAAAACAGCCAGAGGCGGAAAAGCAAUUGAUGAGCAUGGCAGGAUCCUCAGAGGAACUUCCACAAGAAACUCAGACCGACUCUGCCUCCACAGACGUCUCUCACCGCAGUGAUUCAUAAACUGCCAGUGGGUGUGGCCACAUCCCGACUGAGGUUCAGGAGGGAGAUGUGCAGUCUUCAAGGAGCCCACUUGCUGAAAUAGGAUCCAUGGUCCAAUAUUAAUGAUGAUUUAGUGCUACUUUACCUCACUAAAUGAGGAUCCAAGGAGAUGUGGGUCAUACAAGAUGCCAAACUUGAAUUUCUUUUCUUUUUUUUUUUUGACAUCACAACUACUAUGUGGACACAGCUCACUGUGAGGAUGCCUUAAUUUUUUUCCAGGACAUUUGAAUCCGUAUAAAGUUCAGCAAUUGGAUUAUACAAAUUUAAUGAUAUUUUUAUGGAAUUUUUAAUUAAGCACAUUAAGCCUUUAUAUCUAAAUGAUUUAGUAUGAAUUUUCUAUGAUAAUCAGAGGAUUUAUAUUUCAGCAUUAAAAUGUUAUUCCCAAUUUCUAUUUCUUUUAUGGUAAAGAACUAUGUUUGGAGGACUUUUUUUGUGCUCAAAUGGGACUCCAGAGCAGAAGUGCCUGAGACAUUCUCUUUAUUUUUUGUGAACUCUGCAAUCAGAUUGACUUAAUCAUUGAAGAGGACUUGAGAAGAGGAAUUAUAAUAAAGCUCAGCUUAAAAGCAGAGUUCAAUUCUUUGCCAAUUUGGAUGAUUAUCUGUCAUUUGUUUAUUGGCAAUAUUUGCCAAGUGUUUGUAUAUUCUUUCCUUUCACUCUGAGCCUCACUGACCUAUGACACUCUAGUCUUGUGGUUAAAUUUGAAGGCUGACACAUUUGAGACUGCACCCCCUGGUGGCCAGGAGUGUGAGGAUUAAUAUUGAGACAUUGUGUAUGUGUGUGACUUUAGUGUGUGUCAGGGUGUGCAUUUGACCACAGCAUGUAUUUGAUAACAGUUUGAAGCAACGUGCACUUCAGUGCAAUACCGUUUGUGUGGUUCAUUGGUUUUUAUGUUUGUACUUGAAAUCACCCUGCUGUUCAUUUUGUUUUUCAGAACAUCUUCACUCUGUGUUUCACUGCCACCUUUAAUUGUUCCUACGCUUUUUACAGAAACCUCAGUUAUUAACAAAGGAAACCUCAACACUCAAAACAAUACUCACAAACUUUACACUGUUGGCUUUAAGCUAUGUUGUGGCCAGAGGGAGAAUGAACUAAUUUUUAUCCCUCGGCACUGGUGGCUAUACAUUCUUAUUAUAUAGAACUAAGUGCAACUUACAAGUUGCAUCAAUUACAUGAGUUUAUCAGAACACAGAUAUACACCACUGUAACUAAACAAUAAGCGGGAGAAUGAUCUUGGAGUGCUAAAUGAUAUUCAGAUUGUAAUCAGAUGGCUUGAUAAGAUGGGGUUAGAUUGAUCAGACUACAAAGCAAGGUUUUUUGGCUCAGUUGCACAAAUACAGUCUUUAACAGUCAUCAUGUCUGUAGGCUUGUUUUUAUGGAAUUUUUAGAGAUAUCACCAGCAAAUCUAAGGCCAGUGUUUACUUAAGGAACCAUGGCAAAAUGAGAAGUCACCAAUUUUUAUUAUAAUUUUUCUUUUCCUUUUUUCUUUUUGGCUGGAACAAAUCUGAUUUCCUGCUUUUCGACUUUAGUUCGUGUGUGUGUGUGUGUGUGUGUCUGUCUGUCUGCCUGUGUGUCUGUCUGUGUGCAGCAGUAAUGAUAAAGAAUACACACUGAAUAUUUUUAUGUAUUUAUUGAAAAACCGAGGGUGCGGUCAAAGCUAAUCUAAGAAGCCAUGUAGUAUCAAAUUUUUUGUGUAAAGAUAACUGAAAGGAUGACUUAAGCACACAGACCUUCAAAUGGUUGAAAUUGGUAAUUCUUAUGGAUUUUUAAGCUUGAGAUACAAUAGUCCUUAAAUUUACACUUUUGUCCUUUGUAUUUUUUUGUUUCUGUAAAUUGAAUUUGCAUUCAAUACACAAGUGCAUUAACUUGAGAUGUAAUUACCAUGGACUGAUAUGUUUAUUGCAGAUGAGUUUGAAGGGGUAUGAAUCUUAGAGUAGUGCUUGCAUGAUAGUGUAAUUAGAUCAUUUUACCUGUUCUUAUCUUUCUCAGGGGCUUUUUCAGUAUAUGCAUACUUUAAUAAUCUUUUUUUCUUUUAUGGGGGAAAAAAUCUUGCUCACUGAUAUAGUAAGACAAACAAUCACUACAUAUAUGUGCACAUGACUGUGAAUUUGUUCAGGAAGAUCUGCCAUCUGUAUCAUCUCAAAGUUUUAUGUUAAUUUUAUCUCAUCCUGCCCUGUUUUUGUAGGGGUUGGGAUAUAAGAUUGGUAGUUCAACAGUGAAAAAAAUUCUUAUGUCACUUUUAGUGGCACAAGUGAUACCCUGUCACUGACUUCUGUGUCUGUCAACAGAGUUUUUCCUUGCAUACAUCAGAUAGUUCAUAAUUAGGACAAAAUGAUUAUGUUUCUGUUAAUCUUUUUGCAUCACACUAUGUACAAUCCUGUUUUAUGUGGAAAUCAUGCAAAAACAAUAAAUUUACACUAAGAAAGAGU